GUGUUUAGAGAUUAAAUGAAGAUAAAAAUAAUGCUAGUUAUACUGAUAGUAACUAAUAUCAACAGAAUUAUAUCUAAUUACUUAGGCUGGUAACAAUGUGACAACUUUGUAAAGUUUGUUCUAUUACGUAGAAUAUAUUUAUUAUAUAUUAUUCCAUAACAGUGCAUGAAAAUCAAAUCUUGGUUAAACAUUUCAUCUUAUUGGAUAUUAAAUUUUAUAUUCUAUUAGAACACUAGUAUCACAUAGUCUCAUAUUAUUUUGAGGUUUUUAAGCAUGCUAUCCAAUAUCUGAGUUUUACUAUGAUAGUUACAAUAAUAACCUUGAAUGCCACUAAAGAGUAGGAUUGAUAUUUUGUCUUUUUUUUAUCUCCUUAUCACUAUUGUAGAGUCUUUAAGUAAUAUCAACUAAAUUUAGUGCUUGUUAUCAGGCAAAUAUACUGUCAGUACAAUAGAUAUUUAAAUUUUAGUAUGGAUACAUGAGAAUAAUAUCUAAUCUCAAGGCGAUAACGUAUGCGAUCAACGUAUAACUUACUUAUCGAAAGCUCAAGCUAAAGAGUAUAAUGAGUAAUCAUACAAGGGUUUGCAAUGAAAAUUGCCCUGAAAGAAAUGCCGACGACAAGCCCAGAUUUCUGUCCUGCCUUAAGGCAUACUGGCCUGAACUGUCAGAAGGGUGCAGCAACGAUGAUGCUUAUAUGGGCGGCAGCGACGUGGAAGGGGAGGGAAAACAAGUCUUGGUUGGGGUAUGCGCGAUGGCGAAGAAAUCGCAGAGUAAACCGAUGAAAGAAAUUUUAACAAGGCUCGAGGAAUUUGAAUAUAUCAAAAUUGUUGUGUUUCCGGAAGAUGUGAUACUAAAGGAACCCGUGGAAGAUUGGCCUGUAGUUGACUGCUUGAUAAGUUUCCACAGUAAAGGCUUCCCACUCGAUAAGGCUAUAAACUAUGCGAAUUUACGUAAUCCAUUUAUCAUUAAUAAUCUUCCGAUGCAAUAUGAUAUCCAGGAUCGCAGGAGAGUUUAUGCCAUACUGGAGAGCGAAGGUAUCGAGAUUCCACGGUACGCCGUUCUCGACAGGGACUCACCAGAUCCGAAACAAUCUUUUUCAGAUCAUGAAUUGGUGGAGUCGGAGGAUCAUGUGGAAGUGAAUGGUAUUACUUUUAACAAACCUUUUGUGGAAAAACCGGUGUCUGCUGAAGAUCAUAAUAUUUAUAUUUAUUAUCCCACCUCUGCGGGUGGAGGCAGUCAGAGAUUAUUUAGAAAGAUAGGUAGUCGUAGUAGUGUAUAUUCUCCGGAGUCUCGUGUUCGUAAGACUGGUUCGUAUAUCUAUGAAGAUUUUAUGCCUACCGAUGGUACUGACGUUAAAGUUUAUACCGUGGGACCUGACUAUGCACAUGCCGAGGCGAGAAAGAGUCCAGCUCUCGAUGGCAAAGUCGAGAGAGACUCGGAGGGCAAAGAGAUUCGUUAUCCGGUGAUAUUGAGUAACGUCGAAAAACUUAUUAGCAGAAAAGUAUGUUUGGCCUUCAAGCAAACGGUGUGUGGUUUCGACUUGCUGAGAGCGAAUGGACAGUCGUUCGUAUGCGAUGUAAAUGGAUUUAGUUUUGUAAAGAAUUCGAAUAAGUAUUACGAUGACUGUGCCAAGAUUCUGGGAAAUAUGAUACUGAGGGAAUUGGCUCCAACAUUGCAUAUUCCAUGGAGCGUGCCCUUUCAGUUGGAUGAUCCUCCCAUCGUGCCAACUACAUUUGGUAAAAUGAUGGAAUUGCGCUGCGUUGUGGCGGUUAUCAGACAUGGCGACAGAACUCCAAAGCAAAAGAUGAAAGUAGAAGUACGCCAUCCGAAAUUCUUUGAGAUAUUUGCAAAGUACGAUGGCUAUAAACAUGGUCAUGUGAAGUUGAAGCGACCCAAGCAGUUACAGGAAAUUCUCGAUACGGCGCGUAGUCUACUGGCGGAAAUACAGCACCGUGCAGCGGGACCCGAGCUGGAGGAAAAGCAAGGGAAACUGGAACAACUCAAGAGUGUGUUGGAAAUGUACGGACAUUUCUCCGGUAUAAAUCGUAAGGUCCAAAUGAAGUAUCAACCUCGGGGACGACCUCGGGGAAGUUCUUCCGACGACGGUAACGAUCUCAAUCGACUGGGCGAACCAUCUCUCGUUUUGAUAUUGAAGUGGGGCGGUGAAUUGACGCCGGCUGGACGUAUUCAGGCGGAAGAGUUAGGACGCAUAUUCCGUUGCAUGUACCCCGGUGGUCAAGGUAGACACCUUAGUGAGGAAGAAUCAGAGAUGUUACCAAACCACGGUGAAUAUGCAGGUGCGCAAGGACUAGGCUUGUUACGCUUGCAUUCCACAUUUCGCCAUGAUUUGAAGAUAUACGCCAGUGACGAGGGACGUGUCCAGAUGACCGCAGCGGCAUUCGCAAAAGGAUUACUCGCGUUGGAAGGAGAAUUGACGCCCAUCCUCGUGCAAAUGGUGAAGAGCGCGAACACCAAUGGUCUGCUGGACAACGACUGCGACAGUAGCAAAUAUCAAAACAUGGUAAAGACCCGUUUGCAUGAGCUACUGCAACAGAACAGAGAGUUCACUCGCGAAGAUCGCGAGCAGAUCAAUCCAGGAAACGCGUUGAGCAUUAACGCCGCUUUGGACUUCGUCAAGAAUCCAGUCCGAUGUUGUCAGCAUGUCCACGCUUUGAUUCAGAAGCUCCUGGACAUCGUACGUAUCAAGAAGGAAGAUCUGAAGACGAAGGACGCGAUACUCUAUCAUGGUGAAACUUGGGAGCUAAUGGGACGUCGUUGGGGAAAAAUAGAGAAGGAUUUUUACACGAAGCAGAAGCGUUUCGACAUAUCUAAAAUUCCCGACAUUUACGACUGCAUAAAGUACGAUCUGCAGCACAAUAAUCAUACAUUACAGUUUGAGCACGCGGAGGAAUUGUAUACAUAUGCCAAAUCUUUAGCGGACAUAGUGAUCCCUCAGGAAUACGGUUUGACGGUGCAAGAGAAACUGACCAUUGGUCAAGGAAUAUGUACACCUUUGUUGAAAAAGAUACGAGCCGACCUACAACGAAAUAUUGAAGAAUCCGGAGAAGAGACAGUUAACAGGCUUAAUCCAAGAUAUUCCCACGGUGUUUCGAGUCCUGGACGUCAUGUUCGUACGAGGUUGUAUUUUACGAGCGAGAGUCAUGUACAUUCCUUACUUACCGUAUUGCGUUACGGUGGUUUACUCGAUGUGGUAAAAGAUGAACAGUGGCGACGCGCGAUGGAAUACGUUAGUAUGGUCUCAGAAUUGAACUACAUGUCGCAGAUUGUCGUGAUGUUAUACGAAGAUCCCACCAAGGACCCGAGCAGCGAAGAGCGUUUUCACGUCGAGUUACACUUCAGUCCUGGCGUCAACUGCUGCGUACAGAAGAACCUGCCGCCUGGACCUGGAUUCAGGCCACAUUCGCGCAAUGAAAGCAGUCAUAAUAUGGGGGAGAGCGGUGGUUCCGGUCAGGAUACUACGUCGCAGUGUAGUACUCGAAUAGAGGAGGAAGACGCAGAAUUAGGGAUUAUGGAGGAUGACCUAGUGAAUCCUGUGGUGCAAACCGACACGCCUCCGUCGCUAAUGGAAACCGACGCUGUGGAUUCUAUGCUAGACAGCCCGACAACCAGUCGCGGGAUCGAUAUGAUGGAUCUAGACCCGAACAUGAUGGACGAGCCGUACGAUAGCGGCUUUCUACAGAGCUCGGCUCCGAUUCCCAUCAGUGCCAGAACAGUGGCCGGACAUGAAGCAGCUAGACUUGGUAGUCAGUUGGCGGCGAGUCAACGUCAACGGCGAAGCAGAGAAGUGGGAACUAUCGUCGAGCCGCGCGCGCGAAGCUACGACCAUCAGCGGCAAGAGAAAUCGGAGAAAGCUGCGGACAAGCUGCAGUAUCAGAGCUUGGACGCGGUCAACAAGGAAGCCGUGGAACCGGAAGGACCUCGUGACGAUCGGCGAAUGCCACGUGGACCAUCCACGUGUUCGAGGAAACCGGCGACCCUGGCUCAGUCGCACAGCUCGCCGGAACUGCCGGUUUCGUCGGACGCAGGUUCCGCGAACUCUUCCUCUUCGGACCCGCCACUACCCACGAUCACGCUUCACAGCACGCCGACCUUGGUCUCGGCCAAGGUCGAUGACAGACAGCUACUUGCCAUUCCCCGCUCGUUGCUCGUCCCGUCGAUCGCGAUCGGCGGUAUCCUGCUGCAGGAGCAGCAGCAACAGCAGCAACCUGCUGUCGAGUUUUACCGGUCGUCGUAUUGCAGCAGGAAGUACGAAAGGUCGCGCUCCGAAGCGGUUCUGCUCUCGUCCGUCGAGAUCUGCGCAAGGCGCCACCGUCACAGUAUCUCCGGACAGAUGAGUUAUUUCAAGCUGUUGGGCUACAAUGUCAGCAAGAAACUCACUGGCUCGGCGAACAGCCUCUUCAGCACGGCCGUGAUAAGCGGCUCCUCGAGCGCGCCGAAUCUUAAGGACAUGGUGCCGCCGCAUGCGUCUGCGGUUGCUGCGAUAGAAGGUUUUGGCGGAGUACCACCUAUCAGACCACUGGAAACCCUUCACAACGCGUUGUCGCUACGUCAGCUGGAUUCCUUCCUGGACAUGAUGACCAGCGUGCCGUUGUUCCGCACUCCGGCCUCAUCACCGCCUAAGCACCCGUCGCCGGCCAGUUCGACGCACGAAUCGCUCAAUCCGAUUCUCUGCCAUCCCGGGAUCAGUCGCGAGUAUCACUCUUCCGACACGGAAGCCGUCAGAUAUAUCACACCGACUCCGAUACAGUACAAAUCUCUGGGCGAAGUAGAGGCGUGUGACAGAGGGAAUCUACCAUCACCUACUAGUCCAAAUAGUACAGGAUGGAGUAGCGAGCCGCAAUCCUUCUUGUCUUCCGAGCCGUCGUCACCGGCACCGACCUCGACCGGCGAGUGCAGUAUGUCCAUAAGUUUAAUAAGUAACGAUGGCGCUCAGCUUUUCAGCAACGCGCCGAAGUUCUCGACGACUCCUUGUCUGGACGUUGAUUUUAACGAAUUCUGCAUGAGACUCGACCAAGAGAAUCGAGAAAGUCGCGGCAGCGUCUCAUAUACGGAUUAUUACAGCAACGAGGACGGUCAGAUACGCAAAAUAACGCAGAUACCGCAAGCAAUGCAGCAAGUGGCCGCAGCAGCGGCAGCAGCAGCCGGUAACAGCUUGCAGUCGAAGACUACUGUGUGCGACGAUGAUCUUCCCGCUGACAAUGUUGACGAGGACGAAGAUCAUACGUUGACUUUGAGACAAAAUGAGGAGCAAAAGAAACAAGAUGUUAAAUUGAUAUUCGAGCAACGGGACAACGUCAAUCACGCGAAAGUAAGCGGUGGCUGUAAAAAAAUCGGACGGUUUCGUGUGGAGAGUACGGAUAUAACUCAGGGUGAUGUCAGAAUCAAAGAGACCGACAAUACUAUUGCCGCGGUGCCUGAAAAGGGGAAACCGUCCACGCCUCAAAAGUCCGACUCGCCGAAAUCCACCGCUGCGGACAAAAUGAUGCGGAAGGAUUCGAAGAAGAGCAGCAGCAGCCAACACUCGUCACAGAAGCGCAGAAACUUUUCUCGUUCGCAGAGUGUCACAGCACCAAAGCCUGUCGGAACGAAACCUGCCGAACCCAGCUGCAGCUACAAGUGCAUGAGUUCGAAGCAGGGUUCGUUAUCGACUAUGUCGGCCGCAGAUCUGGAGAACUGGAAGUUGAGCGUGCUAAAUCCAACGACGUCGUCGUCGGAAUGCGCGACUCAGCAGGACGAACCGAUACUCACUGUAGCAGGUAGUUUCGCAGACAACUCGAACGUAACCGUAGGUUUUGACGUUAAGGAGGAGAAGAAGGAAGAGUAGAGAGAUGAUAUCUCGCGAAUUGAUUCCUCCAAUUUCCAUUGCAUAAAAUUCUCGAUCUAUUUUCAUCGACUUGGCAGCGUUACAAUGUUAAAGAAGAACCGAGAUAGAACACAUCGCGAAGACAGAUAACGCUCUGUAGAUUUUAGAGAAGAUAAUUCAUUCUUCCUGUCGAUUGUAUCAUUAUGAGACAAGUAUUAAGCAGAAAGUAUUAGUAGGAUGCGAUAUAGUCACUUUGACGUUUCAUAGUAGUCUAAGUUGAAGUUGAUCAAAACAUACACGACCAAGACCAUUCGUUUAGCGAAACUUGAAACAGCGGUACUUAAACCGUAUCUGCUCCUUUUCUAGAUUAUCUAACAAGAUACUGAUUUAAGUGAGAGUACGAUAUAACACACAGUUUAACAUCUUUCAAGGAAUAGCGAUUAAUCCCUGUAAGUUAUUUCACGAAAAAAUAUAUAUUUUUUAUUAACAUGUAUGUAGUAAUCACGUUAGGUGAUCUUUUACAAAAAGAAAGAAAGAUAUGGCAGAUAUUAAGUUAUGGAUUUAUGAUUUUUGAAAUUUAUAUAAUAGGGAAAUUAUAUAUUAGGGAAAUUUAUAUAUUUCUGACGACAACACAUUGCAUAAAAUUACCACUUUGUGUAGAUAUAUCUUAUUCUAUAUAAAAGAAAUUGAAAAUAGGGAAUUUUUGAUCAACAAACGCAAAUCAAUAGUGUAAUUGCGACUAUUUAUAAUUUUAAUCAGGAUCUAAAAAUUGCACCCUAAUAUUCCCGACUAAAAUCGUGUUUUCUGUCUGAAAUAUCGUAAUUAUGUGCAUAUCUGUCUUCUAGAGAGAUACAGAUGUAAAAAGGCUUGUAUCAAUGUAGAUAAAUGUUAUGUGAUAAAUAUGUUUUUCAGUUGAAGGUGAGGAUUAGUACAUAAGUAAGCGUGGAAAGAGAUAUACAAUUACGAAUGCUGAGAAAAAUUAUUCUUAGAAAAAAUUGUAAAAAUGUAAACUUCUCUAUGCUAUAUUAUGUUCUUGUGUAUUGUAGGCUGUUGUAAGCUGACAGUUAGUUCCUUAUAGUUACCAAAGGUGCGAAAUUUAAUACAUGUACGUGUCGUUUAAAGUAUAUCGCAGAACAACGAAGAUAUCCCAUUAGAAAUUCUAUGUUCUCAGAUUCGAAAAAUACACGCAUUUCGAGGAUAUUUAGUCUUUGUAUAGCGAUUACUGGGAUCAGGAGGACUUUAUCCGAGCCAAAGAAUACCUCGUGCGUUUGACGUUGCGUAUAGAAACAAUCUCUGUAUUGUUACACAUGCAGCCGAUCAAAUCGUGAGUGGGAAGGAGGUAUAACAUGUUUCAUAGAAAUGUUACCUGUGAACAAGUAAUAGUAUCUAUAAAAUAGCUAACAAUGUGCUACAUAUGUAUACACAUAACGUGUAUAUCAUACGUGAGGAAGAGAGUUUUAAUAAAAUGAUAGAUAUAGAAUGUAAAAAA